GCUAGUAGCUUUAAGACAACAACAACAACAAUUCAACAUUACCACCACUACUAUAAAACUGCAUCAAUCAUCAGCUGCUGCUGUCUGCUGACUAGUAGAUUUGCCACUUAGUUAUAAUAGCAUAUAAAUGAAGUCGUCAUAGUCAUAUUUUCUUUUAAUAUUUAAAUAUUAUUACUGUUACCGCUAAAUUUAUAAAUAAUAGAAAAAAAUAAAUAAAAAAUUUGACAACAUUUACUACGGAAUGUACGACAAUUUUAAAUCGACGUGUUGCGCUCAAAAUCUUAAAAAAACUUUAAGUGUGCUAAUAUAAUAAUAUACGUUAAUUUUUAACAUUUUGGGUAAAUGGCGAAUACUGAUGAACCAUUCAAAGAAGGCUAUUUAUGGUUUCCACCCCAUGGCGUUCUUUCACAACUUAAGAAAUCUUGGCAAAAACGAUAUUGUCGGCUGUUUAAAUGGAGCAAACAUGGAGUUGAUCGUCUCGAAGUAUUUGAUGGUGUUGAAGAUCAAAAAUUAUCUACUAUUGCUUCUAUUAUACCUCUAGAAAGUUGUGUGAAAAUUACUGAAGAUGCUCAAAAACAUCAACCUAAUGUAUUUGCUGUUUGGACUAAAACUGGAGUUCAUCAUUUUUCUGCCAAUUCUGAACAAGAAAUGACUGAAUGGAUUUGUGCUUUACAAGCAGUAGCAUUUAGAGAUAAUGCUUCUAGACAAACUAUUGAAGAAGAUAACGAUUUAUAUUGUUCAUCAGGCGAUGCUGGAGUAUUUAGUGUUAAAUUAGUGCCAUCCGAUGCUAGUGUACGUUGUGGUUUAAAAGAACAACCAUAUACUUUAGUAGUAACUCCUGUUGCUCUUCAAUUAAGAGAAUCUGAUGAAAAUGAUACUUUACUUUUAACAUGGCCUUAUCGUUUCAUACGACGCUAUGGCUAUAGAGCAGGACGAUUUACAUUUGAAGCUGGUCGUAAGUGUGCCAGCGGUGAAGGUGUUUUUCAUCUUGAACAUUCAAACCAGCAAGAAAUUUUUCGAUGUAUAUCAUCUAAAAUGAAAAGUAUGAAAAAAUUAUUAAGUGGUGAAGGAUCAUCUUCUAUUAUUUGUGGAAAUAAUCAGUUUCGAGCUGCUUUAUCAAUGAUGGCUCGUUCUAGAAGUCCAUUACCGCCAUCUCCUACAAGCACCACUCCAUUAUUACUUGAUAAUGAUUUAAGCCCAAUAUCUUCUACUAAACCUCUAAUGCCUUUACCAUCAGUACCUCCUACCCAAUCACCCCCUCCACCACCAUUAAAACCAAAACCAAAGACUUUAUCUAAAAAAAUCCCCAAUAUUUUAAUCAAUGAACCUACAAGCGAUGUAAGAGAAAUAAAAAUCACUCCAGAUGCUGCAUAUGAAGAUGUUCAAGUCAGAAAUGAUGCGUGGAGAACAAUGGGAUUAGAUGACCCUAAUCUAAGUGAUCAAUCUUAUGCUAGUAAUACUGUAGUGCCAAUAGAUGAGUGUAUGGAAAAUUAUGACCAUUUACAACAUUUCGGUUUUAUAUCAAAAACUGCCCCUGGUUAUAAACAAAUAAACCCUAUUUGUUCAACUGUCAAACAAAAACCUAACAUUAAAACAAAAACUAUUAUGUUACCAGCUCGAAAAGCUGAUGAUUCACAUUAUGGUUAUGGUACAAUUAACAAAAAAAAUUCUACAGAAGAAAGUCGAACAUCUAAUUCUUCAUUGAAUUCUGUAGCGCAUAAUGAGUUACAAUACGCUAUGAUCUUUAAAUCUAAUAAAGUCUAGUCGUAAAUAUUACGAAUAUUUUCUUAGAUAUCAAUUCUUAUCUUGGUUGUAUACAAUAUCUUAUUCCUUUACUAUUUUUUAAAUGACUGUUACCUUUAGCGGGAUGCAUGUUCAUUACAUCACUUUUAAGUUGCCAUUUUCUUGAAGAGCUGUUUCAAAUGUAUUUAUUUAAUUAUUUUUAUUCAAAUAUUUAUAUUAAUAUAUAUAAGAUGUGCAAUAUUUUAAAACUGCUCAAACCAUAAUUUAGGUCAAAGAACAAAAAAGAUGUAAUUCAUGAAUUUUUAUGAAGUCUAACUUUAUGAACAAUAGUUUUACCAGUUAUUAAUUAUAAUUUUAUAAUGUGUUAAUUA